AUGGUGGUGAGCUUCAAGGAGCGGGCUUUGGCCAUCAGCACAAUGCAUUCAUUCUCGAAGAGGUUUUGGAGAAAAAUCAGAUUCUGCAAGCUGCCCAGUUGCCACGUCUUUCCGCGGGGGCCUUCGGAUUUGGAAUACAGAAUCGACCCAGUUCCACGAGAUGCCCCAUUCGGCAAGUUCAUGUCGCACAUUGUCGUCAGCACAGUCGCAAGGCACAGGGCGGACUACCUGUCUGCAGUGUAUUGUGAUCCGCCGCAGCUGGAUGUUAUUCAGGUGCGAUCCGUAGUGAACCCAAGAUUGCAAAAAUCAUAUCUGGCAAAACUCGAGAAUAUCGAAGGCAAGAGGAGGCGACAAGGCACGUGCUCUCCGAUUGCGGCCCUCUCGCAUUUGAAGGUGCCAGUGAACAUGCACGACUUCGACCUGAACGAGCACUUCUUAUUCCACGGGGCUGUACGGUCCACCUUAGAACAAAUAUGCAAGGGUGGUUUCAACCCGCAGCGGGGUGGCGAGGCUACUGGCAAGCUCUUCGGUACCGCUUCAUAUUUCGCUGCCAAUUCUUCUAAAAGCGACGAUUACACAGAGGAGCGCGCAAAUCCGUUGGCAAAGAAUGCCACGAGGACGUUAAUUGUUUCUCGCGUUGCCCUCGGCGAGUCAUUCCGAACGGCCGACCCCAUGCAGGGCGCCACGAGACCUCCCGACAACGACGACGGCGUGGACUUUGACGGGGGUCGGCGACUUCUGUGUGGGCGGAUAAGUCGAGUAAUGGGGGUUGCGUGGACCACAUCGAGGCCAUGA